UACCCUCGAGUUAAACUCUCGCCGAUUUAAUGUCGCCCGUGUUGUCGAUUUAAAGCUUUCGUGACUGCAGGGAUUCAUCUUCUUGGUUCUUUCGGUAAAGUCAUCACGUAGAAGGGAAAUAAUAAAAAUAAAACAUAAUAAAAUACAAUUCUCACGACGUUUCGGCCACAUUUUAUUAUUUCCCUUCUACGUGACUUUACCGAAAGAACCAAGAAGAUGUCGCCCGUGUUGUUGUUGGUGUUGCUGCUGAUGCCGUGGCAGCUGCCGUGCACCGCGCACGUGCGCAGAUAAAGCCGCCACUGUACGCCACGCGGUGGGACAGUGCACUGUAUACACGUGGAACUUCUUUCGCACCCUACUGCAGGCGUCAGCAGGGCUCCGAGGGCUGGCCAUGAUGUACCACAGCAGCAGCAGCAGGGUGGCUCAGCUGCUCCUGCAGCCCGAGGGGAUGGACCCCAGUGCGGUCAUCACGUGCGUGUGCAGCCGCGCCUUCGUGAGGGACCACGAGCUGUGCCGCUGGGGUGUGAAGGGAAGGCCCACGGACGACGAGAGCUCCGAGGAGCACGAGGACAACAAUGACAGCAUCCCGCCCUCCAGUGCCUUGGAGUCAGAGGAAGAAUAUCAACCAGAUGAAGGGCUUGGCCAGUGUGAUGAUGAUGAGGAUGAUGAUGGAGGAGGUAAUGUGAGAGAUGGUGGAGGAGGGGAUGGUGAAGCUGAUGAUGAUGAAGAAGAAGUGAGUAGUGAAGAGGACGGCAAAAAUGGAGGUUGUGGUGCUUGUGAAGACACUGAUGACGACGAUUACAGCGUCAGUGAUGGUGGCGACGUUAGUAAUGAUGGCGGCAAAGGGACAGGAGGUACAGAAAAGAGGACUCUGGGCAGUGAACGGAGCGAGGAGGAUGAAACUGAGUUGAUGAGAGUCAUGGGGCUUCCAGCACAGUUUGUCAGCUCGGACAGAAAGGGAAGAAAGUCUGGCGGCCGUGGCGCCGACAGUCACCCUGGGGGCUCGCGCUGUCGCUCGGCCCGAGGGGGACGCGGAGCAAACGGUGGCCGCGGGGAAUCUCGCUCCGUGGGGACGCGGCGGCACCGGCGCCCAGCCACGGGGAGGCCGGGGGUAACGACCAACGCGGCACUCGGCAACGGCUGCGCUUCUACCACUGCCGCCACAACCACCGUCCGCACUGCCGUCAACACAACCAAUGCCGUCGUCGGCAUCGCCGAUGCCACCGCCAAUGCUGCUGCUAGCACCACCAAUGCCGCCGCCACAGGUGUGGGGGAGGAGGCGUCCGAGGCGGAGUGGCAGAGCUACUGGAGCCUGUAUGGCGAGUCGCUGCUGUGGCAGGCCUGGCUGGAACGCCACCCGGGGUGGGGUGCGGGCGACGAGGCGGCGCCGGCGCCGUGGAGCGGCGAGGAUACCCGCCCCGAGUGGGAUGCGCAUGCCGCCGAGCAGCGCUACCUCUACCGCGAGCACUUCCUGUACUGGAGCGCGCAGGGCUGGGGUGUCGACACGCGGGGUGCCGGCGACACUGCAUGCGUGGGGCCGGCGGUGGCGGUCGGGGGCGGUGGCGACGGAGUGGGAGCGGAGAUGGGCGACGGAUUGAUUGAGAGGCCUGCGGGGGCGACUGUGGGCGGCCCUCGCUGUGAGAGCGACGGCGGCACCCCCGCGAUGUCAGCAUGCGGCGUUGACGGCGGCGUUGGCGACGACGACGGCGUUGGCGGCGGCGCCAUUGACGACGGCGUUGGCGACGACGACGGCAUUGACGACGACACUGUUGACGAUGGCGGCGUUGCCGAUGUGGGGCGCACCCGCGCGGAUGGUGACGCGCCGGCGGACGUGCCGGCGGCGUGCCUGGGCGUGGCUCGCCUCUCCGUGCGGGAUGGUGACACUGGCACGACGUGCCAGCGGGGAGGGGGCGGCACCGCCAAGGGCGGCCGCCGGAGAAACAAGGGUCAGAGGUCGGCAGCGGGAGCGUCGGGGAGCCCUGCUGGUGGGUACUCAGGGCCCGGGGGCUCACGGAGAGCGGACCGUGGUGAGGGUGCGGCCGGAGAAGACGGUGAUGAGGACGGGCCCCCGGAUGAGGUGUCUUCUAAGAUAAAGAGGAGCCAUGAGCUGGACGCGGAGGAGAAUGCGAGCGUUCUCCAGGACGACCCCUACCUGGCCCUGGGCUUCCGCAGCGACCCGGUCGGCACGGCGCGCAGGUACCGGGAGCUGCCGCGGGUCGGCGUGUGCCGAGCGACGUUCCACCACCGGCGUCUGCAUCAGGAGAACGCGAAGCUCGACAUGCACGGCUCCAAGAGCCGUGCUGCCUCCCACCUCUUCUUCACCGAUGCCGGCGAGGCGACGCGCGCCAAGAGGAGCCGCGUCCUCCCUCAGGUGAAAUCAUUCCUGGAGAACCACGAGAAGGCAUCCAAGUCUCACGGCGCGGCUCUUGAGGAGACCCAGUCCACUCCGCAGCUCGUGCCUGCAGAGAGAGACGAGGAAGAGGAGGAAGGCGACGAGGAGGAGGAGAAGAAGAACGGCGAUGACGAGUGCGGCAAUGAGGAUGUGGCGGUGGGAGCCGCCACCGGGGGAGCCGGUGACAGCCGCGGUGGCUCCGGGGUGGACAACUCUGAGGGCGAGUCUCGUCACGGCUCGGGCGACGGCCCCCUCGGGACAGCGGGGAUGUCGGCACCGCGGCAGGAACAGCACGGUGACGGUGAUGACGCCAAUGACGGAAGAAGAGGAGAAGGGGAGGACACGCGGCAACACGCGGCCAAACGUGCUGGGCUAACGAGAAAGAAGCGAGGGCCGCGGUCGGACUCGAUGCCCCUGGAUGUGGCAUCGGACCCGGAGCUGAUAAAGUACUGGGCGCAGCGUUACCGACUCUUCUCGCGCUUCGACGAGGGCAUCCGACUCGAUCGCGAGGGCUGGUUCUCGGUGACGCCGGAGCGGAUCGCCGAGCACAUCGCCCAGCGCUGCCAGUGCGACCUCAUCGUCGACGCGUUCUGCGGAGUCGGGGGCAACGCCAUCCAGUUCGCGUUCACCUGCGAGCGAGUGAUCGCGGUGGACAUCGACCCGGAGAAGGUCGCGCUGGCGCGGCACAAUGCGCGCGUGUACGGGGUGGACGACCGCAUCGAGUUCAUCGUCGGCGACUUCCUGGCGCUGGCGCCGCGCCUGCGCGCCGACGUGGUGUUCCUGAGCCCGCCGUGGGGGGGCCCCACCUACCUCGACGCCCACGCCUACGACCUCGACUCCAUGAUGACGCCCGGCGGGUUUGAGAUUUUCCGGCUGGCUCAGCAGAUCACGCCGAACAUCGCCUUCUUCCUCCCUCGCAACGCCGACGUGGAUCAGCUCACGUCCCUGGCCGGGUCCGGCGGGAAGGUGGAGAUCGAACAGAAUUUCCUCAACAUCAAGCUGAAGACCAUCACGGCGUACUUCGGAGAGCUCAUCGAGGACUGACAACACCUCGCUUGCACGACUGCUGGAAACCGCGAGCCGUUGCUCUCCCGAGGAGCGGCUCAUUUCUGGCCCCGGAUCACCGACGUAAGCUACUGGGCUGCGUGGCCUCAGCUCUCUUCCGCUGUGUUCUCCCCUUGCCCCCUUGCCGCCCUACUCUAUUCUCCACGGCCUUGGUGGGUUGGCCCGGAAGUUUUUUUUUAACAAAAGUUUUGUUUUGAACGCGAGUGGGGAAACUGUGGACUUGGGGCUGUAUCCGGCCCGUGCGGUCAUGUCAUCGAACCCCAUCCUCAUGAGGCCUACCGCUUCGAAUUUUUUUCAUGUCUUUUCAAGCAUCUUCAUUUGCAGAACUGCAACGAACUUGAUGGUGUUGAUAAAAAUGCUGACCACACCACGUGUAAAACUAAAAGCACACUUCCUCACCUCACGCUGAAACUUGCCCUUAUUUGCUCAUUUCAUCUUGGCGAUUUGCUUCAUGGGUUGACUCAAACCGCGCGUUUGCUGAGUUUCUGCGGUAAGCACUACCAAAUCAACAGUAUAUACAUUUUCUUGAUUCUUCCAGUAACAUGCUGUUGUAAAUGUGCCAACUCAUGUUGUGGGCCCUAGGUCGUACUGAUGACCAUGCCACCAAUACACACAUGUGGCCCAAAUGAAUCAUUCUACUACAGAGUUAUUGAAAGUGUUUGUUCAUCAUUCCACUUAUAACUUGAGUACCGAGAGUAGUCCAAGGAUGAGCAGUGGACAGAAAAUAUGCAAAUGUAGAAUUCCCCGUUCCAAGAUGCAAAUUUGUAUUUUAAAGGGGGCGUGACCCCAUGACCUGGAGAAUGUUUAUUGGCGAGGACUAUAAGCAUCGCGACCACCGCCUCACUGCCAUCUGCGAGUAGCAAAUCAUUCGAUAAUGGGUAAAUACUCCACAAGUGAGCGACGGUGUAUGUUUGGGCAAGGCUAGGAGAGCGAAUGGGGAUUGCAUGCCACACUCAUCCAUUGUGGCCAAUAGAUGACAACUGCGCACAGAGAGCCUUGCGGACAGGGCCGUGGUUCCGAAGGUUCCAUUGAAACUCGUUACAAAAAUGAACGUAUUAACAGUAACAGGCGUCUUUUUCAAUUGCCUAGUUUAAUUGUGCGUCCUUUACAAACUGUAAUUCUGCGAAUGUUUUUCUCUCUCGAAAAGUUGCAUUACCAUGAGAUUGCUGUUCUGCCGUGAGUGGUGUUGAGCACAUUUUAUGAAGAUGUACUCCUCUCGGCGAUGCACUGGGAUUUUUGUAUGAAGCGACGGGGUAACAUUUACAUUUAUUUGUUAUUAAAAGUUGUAAUCGUCAUUGCU